CCGGCCCUGGGUCCCUGCCCCUGGCACGACGGGGCUGGAGAUGGAGCCGCUGUUGCAGGCCUGGAGCUGCUUCAGGAGGCGGAAGUUCCAGCUCUGCCCUGAUCUCUGCUCCCAGCUGCUGGAGAAAUCCCCCGGACACCAGGAGCCUGAUUCCGAAUUCACAGUUUCUCAGGCUGCUUGGAUUUUGAAAACACGAGCUCUAACAGAAAUGGUUUAUGUGGAUGAAAUUGACGUAGAUCAGGAGGGAAUAGCAGAGAUGAUGCUUGAUGAAAAUGCCAUUGCUCAAGUUGCACGCCCAGGAACUUCUUUGAAACUCCCUGGAACAAGUCAUGGUGGAGGUCCCACUCCAGCUGUUAGGCCAGUGACUCAGUCAGGAAGACCUAUUACAGGGUUUGUGCGACCAAGCACACAAAGUGGACGACCAGGCACUAUGGAACAGGCUAUAAGAACUCCUAGAACUGCUCAUACCGCUCGCCCAAUUACUAGUGCUUCUGGAAGAUAUGUAAGACUAGGAACGGCCUCUAUGCUCACAAAUCCAGAGGGUCCUUUCAUAAAUUUGUCCAGAUUGAAUUUAGCAAAAUAUGCUCAAAAACCAAAGUUAGCAAAGGCAUUGUUCGAAUAUAUUUUUCAUCAUGAAAAUGACGUUAAGAAUGCUUUAGAUCUGGCAGCACUUGCUACAGAGCAUGCACAGUACAAGGACUGGUGGUGGAAAGUUCAAAUUGGGAAAUGCUACUAUAGGUUAGGAUUGUACCGUGAAGCAGAAAAACAAUUUAAAUCAGCUCUCAAGCAACAAGACAUGGUAGAUACAAUAUUGUAUUUAGCAAAGGUGUAUUUUCGGUUGGAUCAGCCAUUGACAGCUUUACAUCUUUUCAAGCAAGGAUUAGAUCGAUUUCCGGGAGAAGUGACCCUUCUUUGUGGGAUUGCCAGAAUCUAUGAGGAAAUGAAUAACAUCCCCUUAGCUGCAGAAUACUACAGAGAAGUCCUAAAACAAGAUAACACUCAUGUGGAAGCCAUUGCAUGUAUUGGCAGUAACCACUUUUAUUCAGACCAACCUGAGAUAGCUCUGCGGUUUUACAGACGUCUUCUGCAGAUGGGUGUUUAUAACUGUCAACUAUUUAACAAUCUGGGCCUCUGUUGCUUCUAUGCCCAGCAGUAUGAUAUGACACUAACCUCCCUUGAACGUGCACUUUCUUUGGCUGAAAAUGAGGAGGAAGCAGCAGAUGUUUGGUAUAACUUGGGACAUGUGGCUGUGGGAAUAGGUGACCUGAACUUGGCUUACCAGUGUUUCAAGCUGACCCUAGCCAAUAAUAAUGACCACGCAGAGGCUUAUAACAACUUGGCUGUGCUAGAGAUGCGAAGGGGUCAUGUUGAGCAGGCAAGAGCAUUGCUGCAGACUGCAUCAUCAUUAGCACCUCAUAUGUAUGAGCCACAUUUCAAUUUUGCAGCACUCUCUGACCAGGUUGGAGAUCUCCAGAGGAGUUACAUAGCUGCUCAGAAGUCAAAAGAAGCAUUUCCAGACCAUGUUGAUACACAACAGCUCAUCAAACAAUUAAAACAGCACUUUGCCAUGCUUUGAUUAUUUGUUAUGUAAAACAAUUCACAUGAUUUUUACAUCAGAGAUACUAUGAAAAACAUUUUACAAAAUGUUAGGUAAAAUUAAAUGGGAACAACCCCUUCAUAGUAAAAGAUCUGUGCUUGGUCUGGGUAGCAGGAAAAGUUUUUAAAAAAUUGACUUGUAUCAUAGUAUACAAGACAUUUAAUUUUUUACAUGUGGUUAGAAUAUACACCAUAUUUAUUUAUAUAGAAUAAGAUAUUGCAACUAGCAGGACAUUGAAAUAGCUAUCUGAUAAUAGUGUUGGACAACUAUUCAGGGAGCAUUUUAUGGAUUUUUUUUCCUGAUGUUUUGGCAAAUAAAAUAAUUUUUUAAUGUUCCUCUGAGAGUGCAGCAUGGAGGCAAAAAAGUUUCAUGUCUGUCUUUUAAGCAUGGCUUUUAUACUGUACAUUCUUAUUGAAUAUUUGUGUAUUUAAUUCUUAUGAAUAUAGUUCAUUAAUAUGUUCCUUAUUAGUUGAAGCAGAAGCAUAUUCCUUUUUAUAUUCUGUUGAUGUAAAAUAAAUUUUAUGUCUG